UUGGAAUCUUUGGAAAUGAUUAAAAAAGAAUUUAAACAAUCUUUCGAAGCAGAGGAAAAUCCGAAAUUAGUUGAGGACAAAAAUCUUAAAUCCAAAAAAGGAGACCAAGGAGCGGUCUAUGAAAAAGUUAAUUUUUCUCCGGCUGAAUGA